AUGCCACCCAAAGACAACAACAACAAAAACAAACAAGAUGUCCUACCCUCCAAUGAACCCCCCAGACCCACCGACGAAGACAUUCCCGCCUGUCAAUCCUGCCGCAAGAAAAAAGCCCGCUGCAGUCGCGCCCAACCAUGCGACCAGUGCAUCCGGUUCAACGUCCCCUGCGUCUAUGAUGAUCGGCGCCUGAAGCCGGGUCUGAGGGCCGGGGCCGUCGAUCAACUAUAUCGGCGUAUUGAGACGCUGGAGAAUAUGUUUCUGGGGCAGGAGGUGUUUUGGAGGGCGGUUUUGGGGGAGGUUGGUUUGGGUAAGGAUGUGGGCGGGGACCGUGAUGGGGAUAGCGGGUCAGAGGAAGAGAGUAAUGGGUUGACGGAGUUGGAGAGGCGGAGGGAGAGAGUGAAGAGUCGCCUAUUGCGUGCUGCGGAGGAAGAGAAGGAAAAGAAACAGAUGCAGAAGAGGUCGUCGGCGCAGGAUGAAGCAGACGCAGCGAUCACGUCGGGUGUCGGGGCGAAACGACGGAGGGUCGAGAAGGCGCCUUUGUUGAGACGCAGCGAGGAUGUCGAUUGGGACUGGGAUAACGAUAAUGACAAUCCCAGCGGGCUUCUACCACCCGAAAUCAUGGCCGAGUUAGUGGAUUUCUACUACUUGAAUAUUCACCACUGGAUCCCCAUCUUGCAUGUUGUUAGAUUUCGACGACGGAUGGAAUCGGAAAAGGAACGGCCGCGCAUUGCUUGUAUCUUGCAUGCGAUCAUUGCCAUCUGCGUGCGCUUCUCUCAGAACGCAAGGCUCCGCGAUGAACAAACGAAAACACGUAUUGCGGAGAAAAGUCGACAGCGAGUCAUUUUGAACAGUAUCGAGACUUUCUCGGUCGAGAAUCUGCAGGCCUUGAUCAUUGUUGCGUUUGAGACGAUUGGCCGAGGACGCGGUCCUUCUUCUUGGUCCAUCAUCGGAAACAUGGUGGGCACGGUGGAGCAGUUACAGUUGAACGUGGAAGAGGACGAGCUUUACGGGUCGACGAACGCUGGCGAGACGCUAAUACGGCGGAUGCUGUUUCUCACGCCAUCCAGAUCAUGGAUUGAGGCCGAGGAACGCCGCCGGGUCUUCUGGACGGUCUUUCUCAUGGACCGCUUCUGCAGUGUCUCCACCGGCUGGAAGAUGAGCCUGGCCGGCGCCGAUAUCAAACGCCGGCUGCCAUGUGAGGGUGCGAUCUGGGGCCAGGAGCAGGAAGUACGAACGCCGUAUUUUGGCAUCUCGGACUCCAAGGGUCCGUUAUCUAGCAGCUCGCGUCUUUUUGAAAGCCAGGGCCCAUCACGCUCCGAGGAUCAGGAUUCGAUUGGCGGGUUGGCGUAUAAUAUUGAGGCUACGGAGUCGCUUGCCCUGGUGACGAAUUUCUUUCUCCACCAUGCAUUUGUUGUCAAUGAUACGGAAAAGGCCCAGCUGUGGUUGAUGAAGUUCAAAGAGCUGGACCUCAGACUCAUCCAAUGGAAAUUAUUUCUGCCAUCAAAGUGGCGCGAGGCUUCUGUGCUCAACGCUGAUGGGAUCAUGGACCCAAACCUCAUCUUGGCUCACUUAACACACAACACUGCGGUCAUCUUGCUCCACCAAGGAAUUGCAUACCCACCUGCGCACUGGCAGAGCUGUGCCGUGAAGCCGCCGUCCGCGUCAUCCGCAGAGACGUGUCUCGAGGCGGCCUCGGAGACGGCCAGGAUCGGUCAACAGUUUCUAGCAUACUCACCGAUAUUCACCAAUCCCCAGUUCUCUUUCUGUCUCUUCAUUGCGGGCCGCAUGCUGCUCGCUCAUUCGCGAUACAACCGAGUGCCCAUCUCACCCGUCCUCGACAUCUUGAUUGCCAGCCUACUUGAAAUUUCGCAGCGAUGGGCAGGUCCUGGAAAUACUACCGACGACGGUGAAGGCAACCUUGCGUCAAGCUUUGCAAAGCGGCUGAUCGAGGCCCAGAGUAACUCGGCGAUUUAUUCGCGCCCAAGCCUGGAUAUAAGACAAACCGCGUACUCAGAUGAAUCCAAGGAGCAGCCAUGCUCGCCUGCUACGGAUUCCUCGCGCAGCGAUAUAAACGCGUUCUCAUCUCGACCGGUUAACCCCUGUAUCUCACAAACUCACUAUCCUGAGAUCCCGGCGCCUCAGGAUUCAAUUGGGUAUGAUCCAUUUAGUCUCGCCUUUCCGCCGCUUCCACCAGCCUUCCAGCAGGACUUCUUGUCGACGUGUGGGCAGGGCGUUGCGAGCCCGGCGAUUUUGUCUCUGGGGAUGCAGUCGUAUCAUGCUGAUCCUCUACAUGCGUGGCAAAACCCGGGUGUGAAUUAUGGCAAUACGGUGAUUAGCCCCGGGGAUCAUACACCCAGUCCAGGACAUUUAAAUCAAUAG